CUCCUCCUCCUCCUGCCGUAAACCUUCGCAGCAACAAUGGCUUCAGAGAGGAAGCAAUCCAAUCCAAUGAGAGAGAUUAAGGUUCAAAAACUUGUUCUCAACAUCUCCGUCGGUGAAAGUGGCGAUCGUCUCACUCGUGCCGCCAAGGUUUUGGAGCAAUUGAGUGGUCAAUCGCCUGUUUUUUCUAAGGCAAGGUACACCGUACGGUCAUUUGGGAUUAGGCGUAAUGAGAAGAUUGCAUGCUAUGUUACUGUUAGGGGAGAUAAAGCAAUGCAACUUUUGGAGAGUGGUUUGAAAGUGAAGGAAUACGAGCUAUUAAGACGUAACUUCAGUGACACCGGCUGCUUUGGAUUUGGUAUUCAAGAGCACAUCGAUCUUGGAAUCAAGUAUGAUCCUUCAACAGGUAUCUAUGGUAUGGACUUCUUUGUUGUCCUAGAACGUCCUGGCUACCGUGUUGGUCGUCGCCGCAGGUGCAAGGCCCGUGUUGGUAUCCAGCAUCGAGUUACAAAGGACGAUGCAAUGAAGUGGUUCCAGGUGAAAUACGAGGGAGUAAUCCUCAAUAAAUCUCAACAAAUUGGAGGAUAGAAGUAGUAGCCUUCAUUUUUCGACUCGACUUAUGAAUUUGUACUAUGAAUGGAUGUGGCUGAGAUUCGAUUGGGUCGUCUUUUUCGGUGUAAUCGGAAUAUUAUUUUUUUUUAAACAAAUUUUGCUGGUAGCUUGGUUGUAGGUGCAACCCGUUAAGGACCGAUGAGUUUGAUCAAAGAUUAUUCAAUCUUAAAA